AGCCCCACACAUGCACACCUCACUUCUGUUUGUGAAAAACAACAACAAACAAGCAAGCAUGCGCUGCAUGCACGGUGUAAGUUACAGACAAGAGCUUCAUAAAGGUGGUUCAUCUAACAGCAGAAAGCCUUUUAAUAUUACCGCUGCUCUGUGUUGCUGUAGAAGGAACAGACAUGCAAGCCUGCCAUAAGAAUCCAUAUAAGCUUCUUCUACAUGGAGCCCAUGAGACCUAUAAACGACACAGGGAGAUAUAUACUGUAUCUAACUGGCACUAACUCAGCUAUUCUACUACAGUCAUCCACCCACUCAUUCUUUCUUCAUUACACACACAUGCAUGCAUGCACACACAUACACCACAGUGGCACACAUGAUCACAGAUGGUUGAAACUCUGAUUCAGCUGCAAUGGGAAACAGGCAGGUGAGGUGUGUGUGAAGUGAUUAGUACUAUCUCUGUUUUUGAGACAAAAGCGCACUUUUUCACUGCAGCGGUCCUAUUUAGUAAUUAGUCCUGUUUGUAGGCCAGCUCGGCCACUGCAGUAAAUAAAGUAUUAAUAGGAUGGGUUUUUUUGUUUGUUUGUUUUUAUUCGAAAAGCAAGAGUGGGCUAAUUACAAUGCAGAACACUGUGUUUCUUUUGUCAUAUGCACUAAGCGCUCCCUCUGAGUGCAACACUCUCACAUGCUGACAACACGGACACGCUGUGUUUGUGAAUCCCAUAUCUGGUUGCCUUUUUCUUGAUGCUGGUGUCAAGUAAAGUAGUUACUUUGAUGUCCACAUGGGGGCUCCUUGCUCUUUAUUCUUCUAAAGGUUGGAUGGACGCUUAUAGUCAGGAUCUGUACACUCUCUGGAAUUUCUCAGCAGAGCCCUUGAAAUAAAACAACAACAAAAAAACCCUCUCGUGUCCGUCUUUGCUCCUUCUCAGAUGUAAGGUAACUCAGCAUUUGUUCAGCGUAAGGCUUUGUUUUCCACAACCCUUGGUGUGCCACAGCAACCUUAUAGCUCACAGACUAACAGUUGCCCCCUUGUCUCUCUCUGUCUGUUCUUCCUCUCCAUGCUUCUUUAUAGGAAAGAUGGGAAAUGCAGGCUGUAUACUUAGCCAUGUUGUGGAGAGCACACUCAGUGGAUAGCCUGGAUCUAAUUGGAGAGUUGUACAGAGUUAGCCCAGAGUAAUUUAUGUGCAUCUGUGUUACAUGCCAGCAAAGUACAGUUACGCUGACCUGUGUAGCACAGGGACAAAACAACCUGCACAACUCUGGUUACAACAUGUCUCUAAACACAGUCCUCAGAAUCCACUAAAAAUUUCGUACGUGAAGUCCAUUUAACACAUCUGCCCUGCAAGUCAGUUGGAAAUACACGAGUGUCCUGUUAGAGCUUUCACUGUGUAAUGAGGCCACUGUGCUAUGGUUUAAUUUGAAUCGGUUCAGUUUACAUAUUUAUAUACAGGACCGAUUCAUAGCCGUGUGCAUCUCAGGGAACUUUAUACUGUAAGGUACAAACCCUACAGAAUUAUAGACAAGAACACAAUGAGCAAGCAGAGUGACACAUGAAGCCUUUUCAGACAUGGGAUACGUAACACUGCCACUUCAUCAGUCUGUUACAGUGAUGGCAUGAUGUUAUUCUCCCAUCUUCCAUCAGAUAUACCCAGGGUGCGAGAUUGUUACGCAUUCAGUGAUGUAUAACACACAAGGUUACAGUUUUAUACAGCAGGUCAGCUGUAUUUUGGUAGUUAUAUAGAGGAUAUGUCCUUCUUGUAGUUGUGGAAACACAUGCAAACAUAAUGUAGCAGACUUUAGUCAGGGGAUCAGACUUUUUCCUACAGUCCUGAUGGCUUGGAUGCAGUUAGAAGAUAAGGAUGGCCACAGUGUUCUUGUUGAAUCUCCCUUAGACUGUCCAAUGAUUUAAAAAGAAAAAGAGCAGAGAAUCAACUGCAAAUUGUAAUUAAAGCUGCAGUGCUUUACAGUGCAAAGUAAUGCAGGAGUUGCUCAGACUGCUCCAAACAGUCAGUCACUCAAUCACUUUUUGUUUCCGGCCGAGGAUUUUGCCAUUAUAUCGUGAAUGAUUGCAUAGCUUUGAGAGGUGGAGAUGGUACCAGGGAGUAAUUCUCGCAUUGACAUUGCCUACAUUUGCAGUGACAAAACAGGAAACUGGCUGUCUGAAAAUUCAUGGGAUAAUGCUGAUGAUGGAUAGCACAGAGUGUAUAAAUAGAACUCCCUCCGCAUAAGCACCGAAACCCACUUUCAUUAAUCUUAAAGAAUGUUUAAAUUAACUCCUGGAUCUGUUGUGCUAAAAAAGGAGGGGGAAAAGCUGGAGGUCUAUUUAUAAGGAGAAAUAACUUGGGAGGGCUUCCAAUUUGUCUUGGUCUCGAAGGUGUCAUUUGAAUGAACGCACAAAUAUGCCAGGACAGCUGCAGUGUUGGAUGAUGCUGAUGAAACCGCCAUACCUAAACAGGGACUGGAAUGUACUCCCUGGGAGAAUUUCUUCAGAUUCUGCAUUUUCAACACAUUUAACCCAGCAGCGGGCACAUUCACCCUGCCAAAAAAAUGUGAGAAGAGGAAGGAGCACAAUAAACCUAGCUCGAGCAUCCUGUAACAACCAGCAAAACCCAGUGUGUUACAUAGUAAGCUUGGGACAAUUGUUUAGUCAAACCUAGUCUGUCCCAGUUUAAAGUUGGGGACAGACAGUAGUCCUAUUUUAUGCACGUGCCGCAUUGGCCUCGAUCAGCUCUGCAGUGAAAUGAUAAUAUGGUAGAAUAGCUGACACAGAUAGUUCAGGGUUAAUAGUUUUUGUUGUUUUAGUCAUCAGUUUCAUUUGAACAUAUAAUGUUUUCUUUUAGAUUUGUAGGAGAGGGUUUGUUUUGAGCCCAGCAGUUCAUUUCAGGUCAAUUUUAUUUAUAUAAUCGAAUGAGGCUUUGGGUUUAGGUAAACCUAAAGGGGACUGAGUGUUUUUGAUGCUGACUCACCUGGUCCCUUGCAUGGAACAGUGGAAUAAUACAAACAUUUGCAAUCCCUCUAAGCUUAAUAUUUUCAUAGUCUAGUAUUUAUAGUACUUCAUAUAUGUUUGAGUUUAGAUAGAUGUGGGUAACUAUAGCAUCUGCAUGUUUGUUUUGUUCCGGACUUUAUUAUCCUAACAUGAUCACAGUGCCAACACCAUUCUACAUAAAUACAUUUACUGCCUCAUGCUUAAACAAGGGCCACUUUAUUGUGUUGAUUAACAGCUGAAGCGCUGCUUUAAAUAUAGCAGAUCUAUAUUUUAUCUCUCAGUAAGGUUAUAAUAGUUUACUAAAACUAAACUAACAACCACAAGUAGAUGUAAAAAAAACAAACAAAAACGGUUUAUUAACCUAAAAUAAAAAUUAAAAAGUAGACAUGUGAAAAAACAAUUAAGCCAACUGAAACGACUUAGUGAACUUGGAAUAUUAUGAACAUUAAAACCAAAUAAUAAUAACGAUAAUGGUUAUUAUUAUUACUAUUAUUAUUAUUAUUAUUAAUAAUAAUAACUACGACUGAAACUAACUUAAAUUAAACUUCUUCCAACUCUGGAAAGUAAACUGAAUUAAAAAAAACUACAACAAAAAAACCCGUACAAACAAACAGAUUUCUGAAAAACACGAAGACUUGUAAAAAUAUGUAACCACAUUAAAUGCAUCAACUUUAAAGAAGGGCCUGGAAUUAACUGGGUUCUUUUUGGCUAAUUUCAAGUUUUUACAGUUGGCUCUCUGGACGAAAUGAAACGCAUUAAAUAAAUAAAUAAACAAGCAGGCUCUCGGGAAAGCCCUGAUUAGUUGCGUGCUUUGUCCUCACAGUAACUUUAUUGCUGAUUGAUGUAGCGCUGAUAUUCCAAAGCCGGAUGUGGAAUGUCGGAAAGACAAAAAGUCGUGACGCUAGCACGCCCCCUUCCACCCCCCUCGUGCGUGAUUCUGACGGUUAUCUGCUGCUGUGCGCGUCCCGAAGAGUGCGCGAGACAGAAUGGAGAGAUAUGGCGAAAGAGUUCGCGCGACUGUAUCGGUAGCGCGUGCGUACGUGUCUGUGCGCGUGUCAGGGCAAGUGUGUACUCUUCAUGGGCAACGGGAAAUAUGAGUUGAAUGUGAGGCAGCAGCUGAUGCGCCGGUACGGGGAUGCUACCGCCGCCGCCAGGUGCAGUGUAGGAUGGUUCUUCGCUUUUUCUUUCCUCCGGACGCUCCUUCACCUCUCCCCGCACACGGAGAAGAGAUUUUUGCCGCUGCCGCGAGAAGAAGAAAAGGCUUGUUACCGGCACCGGCACUGCCUCCCUUUUCUCGCUGCAAGUCCGAAGCAUUAUGACCGAAGGAGCCCACCCGGUAUGCGUCUCGUUUAAGGACACUUUUUUACCAGCAGUGCAAGGAGGAAUAUGGAACUUGAUCGGCGUCUUAUUUGCGUUUAAUGCGCCCCCGGGAGAUAACAUUGAUACUACCACUACUACUAAUAAUAAUAAGGAAAAAAACUGACAAGGUGUAUGUUUAGAAGGGGGGCGUCCGGAGAGAGCGCAGGCUUUGGGAUGUAAUGGUGGGAAAAGGGAAAAGGCUGAGCACUUACUGAGGAUAAAAAGAAAACCGAGGUGGGGGGAAAAUGCAGUUUGAGACAUUGCGUCAGUUCUGUAGCUCGGUUUUAUCACAUUUCAACGGGGCUUUCACGGCACCUCAGAACAUCUUGCAGACGGAGCUGUUCGAGCAGGCGCUGAGCAACAUCGGGAAACGAAGCCCGUCUGCAUCCAGGGAUCCAAACCAAAAAUACGACCAAAGGGAGGGGGGCGACCACUCACAGUAUGCCCCGACGGACGGCGGCAUGCCUAGAUCACCGUCUGACUAUGGGGAGGGGGACCCUCGGCGGGCUCCGCGGGGCCCACACAUGUACUCAGAUAUGGAUGCAGUGCGAAUGGGCUAUCGGGACCGUCGAGGUCCCGGUCGCUGGCACUCACAGGAAUACCCACUCGACCAGGAGCUAGAUGGACCGCCCAGUGAGUAUGACCUCCAGCGGCAGCGCCAGGAAGAGUUCCAGGCACGCUAUCGCAGCGAUCCCAACCUGGCACGCUACCCUGUUAAGCCGCAGCCCUACGAGGAGCAGAUGAGGAUGCACGCUGAAGUGGGCCGGCUAAGGCACGAACGUCGCCACAGCGAUGUCUCGCUGGCCUACACGGAGCAAGAUGAGCCCAGCCCCAUCCGGCUGUCGCGUCAGCUUCUCACUGAGCGCCGGCCGCCUAUGGUGGGACAGCGCUCCUACUCCGUUGACCGGUCCUCACCAGGGCCAAUGGGUCCUGGCCUCGGAGGCCACAGAGGAAACCACAGCCCCCCAACGCCACACCGUAGUCCCGUUCUGGGUGACCGGUCGGGGGACCUGCGAAGAGGAGACCUGGGGGUAGGUGGGGAUAUGAUGAGGAGGCCGCAGCACCACUUGGACCCCAGUUCAGCUGUCCGCAAGACCAAGAGGGAGAAAAUGGAGAGCAUGUUGAGGAACGACUCUCUUAGCUCAGACCAGUCGGAGUCGGUGCGCCCGCCACCCCCCAAACCCCACAAAACCAAAAAGGGAGGGAAGAUGAGGCAGGUGUCACUGAGCAGCUCGGAGGAGGAGCUGGCCACCACGCCGGAGUACACCAGCUGUGAGGAUGUGGAGAUAGAGAGUGAGUCAGUUAGUGAAAAAGGGGACAGUCAAAGGGGAAAAAGAAAAACUAUUGAGCAGGCAUUUAUGUCCGAGGCGACACACACCUUAUCUGAGAGGCAAAAGAAAAUGGUGCGCUUUGGGGGACACUCAUUUGAAGAGGACUUGGCAUGGUGUGAACCGCAGGUUAAAGACUCGGGAGUUGAUACGUGCAGUAGCACUACGCUAAACGAGGAGCAUAGCCAUAGUGAGAAGCACCCAGUGACGUGGCAGCCGUCCAAAGAUGGGGAUCGCCUAAUAGGGCGCAUUUUGCUCAACAAGCGCAUGAAAGAUGGAAGUGUGCCUCGAGACUCAGGUGCUCUGCUUGGUCUGAAGGUGGUGGGAGGCAAGAUGACAGAAUCUGGUAGACUUUGUGCUUUCAUCACUAAAGUGAGGAAAGGAAGUCUAGCAGACACUGUUGGACACCUCAGACCAGGAGAUCAGGUGCUGGAGUGGAACGGGAAGCUUUUACAAGGAGCCACAUUUAAAGAAGUUUACAAUAUCAUACUAGAAUCCAAGCCGGAGCCGCAGGUGGAGCUGGUGGUCUCGCGGCCUAUAGGAGAUAUUCCAAGGAUACCAGACAGCACACACUCACAACUGGAAUCAAGUUCGAGUUCUUUCGAGUCUCAGAAGAUGGACCGUCCUUCCAUCUCUGUCACUUCUCCUAUGAGUCCCAGCAUGCUGAGGGACGCCCCCCAGUACCUGUCAGGACAGCUCUCAAGCCAAAGCCUUAGUAGAAGAACACCGCCUUUUGCCCCUAGGGUCCAGGUCAAACUGUGGUAUGACAAAGUGGGCCAUCAGCUAAUCGUCACCAUCCUGGGUGCCAAAGACCUGCCACCCAGGGAAGACGGCCGGCCCAGGAACCCUUACGUCAAAAUCUACUUCCUCCCUGACAGAAGUUUGAAUUAUUGUUCCUCCAGUGACAAAAGCAAGAGGAGAACAAAAACAGUAAAGAAAUCCUUAGAGCCCAAAUGGAACCAGACCUUUAUGUACUCGCCGGUGCACCGGCGGGAGUUUCGGGAACGUAUGCUGGAGAUCACAUUGUGGGACCAAGCCAGGGUGAGGGAGGAGGAGAGCGAAUUCCUGGGAGAGAUCCUGAUUGAGCUGGAGACGGCUCUUCUCGAUGACGAGCCACACUGGUACAAGCUACAAACACACGACGUGUCAUCUAUCCCACUCCCACGUGCCUCCCCGAACGCACAGCGCCGGCAGCUCCACGGAGAGAGUCCAACGCGGCGGCUGCAGAACAAAGGCUCUUAUUCACACAACUCAGGAUCCCAAAGGAUAAGUGACAGUGAGAUCUCAGACUAUGAUUGUGAAGACGGCGUUGGGGUAAUAACAGACUACCGGCCAAAUGGCAGAGACUUCCAGAGCUCCACGUUGUCGGUCCCCGAGCAGGUCAUGUCUUCUAACCACUGCUCUCGGUCAGCUGAUAUAAACAGGGUGCGGUCGCGCUCUCCCAGCGUUCCCCCACCCUCCAGCCAUUUUCUCACCCUACCUCGAACCAGACAUACUCAGCCUAUUGAUGACCCUCAGAAGGACCCCAGCCGCAACCAUCGUGUGUAUCCGAUCUGCCGCGAGGAAGCAGUCAGGUUACUGCGUUCCACUAGGAUGACCCGUGCCUAUUCAGAGGGCGCCUACUCCUCCGACUAUGACUACGAGAGGAGCCACGGAGCCAUGGAUAGACACGAGUAUCACAGCAGGUCCCGCUCUGCAGACCAGCGGCCCACUAUAGAGCGCCACACGUCCCGCUCACGCUCCACUGAACGCCCCCACGACUCUUCGCUCAUGAGGUCCAUGCCUUCUCUGCCAUCUGGGAGGUCCGCCCCCCCCUCACCUGCCUUGACGAGGGCACAUCCGCGUAGUGGGUCCGUCCAGACCAGUCCCACAAGUACCCCUAUGUCCAGUAGACGGCAACUCCCACAGCUUCCACCCGCAGGCAAAGACAGAAAAGAUGGAGACGAAGGAACAGAGCCUCGUGAAGAAGACACGGACUCACCAAGUUGGACGAACUCAGGUAUGGACAUGGAGGAGAGGACCAGACAGAUGAAACUAAAGAUGAACAAGUAUAAGCAGGGAGCUGGUUCUGACUCAAGACUGGAGCAGGACUACCACAAGCGUUCAGGCAGAGAUCCACGGGGCUCCGACAACUUGUCAGCCAAGUCGUCGGACAGUGAUGUAAGCGACGUGUCCGCUGUGUCGAGAACCAGUAGUGCCUCUCGGUUCAGCAGCACGAGCUACAUGUCUGUCCAGUCAGAAAGGCCGCAAGGAAACCGCAAGAUCCGUGACUUUGCAUCCAAAAUGAAAAACAGGCAGAUGGGCUCAUCGGGUGGGAUGAACAUGACCAAGAGCACAAGCAUCAGUGGCGACAUGUGUAACCUGGAGAAGACGGACGGCAGUCAGUCGGACACGGCGGUUGGCACGGUAGGCACUGACGACAAGAAGAGGCGCUCCAGCAUUGGUGCCAAAAUGCAGGCCAUGGUUGGCAUGUCGCGCAAGAGCCGGAGUACCUCUCAACUCAGCCAAACAGAAGCGGGAGGUAAAAAGUUGCGCAGCACUAUCCAGAGGAGCACAGAGACAGGCCUGGCGGUGGAGAUGAGAAGCAGGAUGACUCGGCAGGCCAGCAGGGAGUCCACAGACGGAAGCAUGAACAGCUACAGCUCCGAGGGAAAUCUCAUCUUCCCUGGUGUGAGGCUGUCCUCAGAUGCCCAGUUCAGUGACUUCCUGGAUGGUCUUGGCCCUGCUCAGCUGGUUGGGCGACAGACAUUGGCUACUCCCCCUAUGGGAGACAUCCAGAUUGGCAUGGUGGAGAAGAAAGGUGCACUGGAGGUGGAGGUCAUCAGAGCCCGUGGCCUUGUGGGAAAACCAGGUUCCAAGGCACUGCCAGCACCGUAUGUAAAGGUCUACCUUUUGGAAAACGGAGUCUGCAUAGCCAAAAAGAAAACUAAAGUAGCAAGAAAAACCUUGGAUCCUCUUUAUCAGCAGCAACUGCCGUUUGAGGAGAGUCCAGGAGGGAAGGUUUUACAGGUCAUCGUAUGGGGUGACUAUGGACGUAUGGACCAUAAAUCAUUCAUGGGAGCAGUUCAGAUACUGUUAGAUGAGCUGGACCUGUCCAACAUGGUGAUUGGCUGGUACAAGCUCUUUCCUCCUUCCUCACUGGUGGACCCUACUCUGGCCCCACUGACAAGAAGAGCUUCCCAAUCCUCACUGGACAGUUUCUCUCGAUCAUAGCAGCGUGUGGACUGAUAGCGUUGUUGUAGCAGCCAGUGUUGCGAUUACAGGUCACGCCCCCCCGGUUACACUGCAUGCUUGAUGUUGUGUCUUCUGAGCCUGUUUCUAGGGGUGCAAACGUGAUCCUGUGUUUUGAGCAAAAACGUCACGCACACUGUGCAUGUGGCGAAGCGUAUCGCGAGCGCCUGGUAGCAGGGAUUGCCAGGUGUUGUUGUUGUUGUUUGGAGGAAGCCGGAAUGAACUCCUUAGCACGAGGAAUCCGUCAAUUCCAGGUUUUCAUCCAAUUCGAAGCCAUGGGGGUCAACACUGGGAACCUCUGAAUGAGUUCUACAGAAGCCCUUUUCGAAUGAAAAAUCUGUGUGUUGCUUGAUUUUAUUUUUUUCCUGUGUCGUUUUCAUUUCUUUUAUUUACUUUUUUCUUUAAAUGUCAGUGUACUUGUCUCUGAAGGGGGUGACAGUGUUUCUAACCAGAUGCUUGGUCACGCCACGCCAACAGACCUAGCCGUGUAGAUGGAAUUUUCGAGACCAUCACUUUGGGUGAGGUGUGUCCCAGCUUGUAACCACACUCCCACAGACCCCAAAAAGAAAAAAACCCUGCAUACUCUACAUAUAUCUACCCGUUCAACCCAUACUGGUAAAGCACCGUAAAAGAUUAAUCAAAUGCCACUUUAAAGUGGCUGCCCUCAACACCCCCUUCCCCCAAAAAAUAAAUAAAUACAGUAACAAUCCAAACUCCAUGAAAAGAUGUACAAUCUUACCAUAUUUCUUUCUCUGUUGAUAUAUUGUAUGAAAAUUAAAUGAGAUUUUUCUUUUCCCUUUUUUUAGUUUCUUUGCAUGGACACAAAUUUAGCUGAAUAAAAAAAGAAAGAAGAAAAUUAUUUUCUUGAGGCUGUAACUUGCAAAAAAAAAAGAUGAAAAAUAAACAGAAUCAGCCAUUUUCAACAAUUUAUAUUAUUUUUAAAGAAAAUUUUCACUAGUGCAUGGUUUUCAAGGGGAGUGAAUGCAACAUCGUGACUGAAAAAAAAAGGACAUUGUUUAUCAUUCUUUACACCAUUCAUGAAUCUGCAUUUUGCAGACAUGCAGAAAAGGGGAACUUAAGAAUUAUUUAACAGAAAAUGUUUAUGUGACAAAAAGUGAUAAUGAAAAUAAAUGUAAAUGAUCUAUUUCAUUGUAAAAGGCUAAUGCCUUAUAAAGAUAAACAUAAUGUGCAAAUUGUACAUGUUUCUCUUUUUCUUCCUUUCCCAGGGUACUUCUCAUCGUACUAUUCAUUGCUACCAUUGUUCAGUCCCCUGACAUCGUCCAGAUUUUAGGACUGUUGGUUACUUUACAGUACUGUAUCGUUUCACUAUGUUUGUUUUCUUCCUUCUUUUGGAUUUGGAUUUGUUUAACAAGCAUGUUGAAAAGGGUCUUUUGCAACAUGGCUUGGGCACACCUUACAGUAACUCAGCAUGUUUUGAUAAAGAUGAUAUUUGGAAUUUUUGCAAUUUCUUGUACAGUGCAUGUCAACUUCAUUACUUUUCUCCCUCACCUUAAAUUGAGCUCUAUGGCAAAUUAGUUCUUGGUCUUCCUGGGCCAUUUAUUGAAGUUUUAACAGAACAUUCCACCCCACCCGAAAGUCACAUUUUCUUUCAGGUUUUUGAGGAAAAAAAAGAAGAAGAAAAAAUAUGACAAGGAAAAUAUUUUAUAUUUAAUGGAUGCUGGCGAAACAGUUGUGAUUGCAAGUGUAUUUUAUUUCAGUAUUGUUGACGAACAUGCAAAAAUAAUCUGUACUGGUACAGCAAAGAGGUCUAUACCGAAUCAAGAGACGGCAAACAUGCGCGACAUGCGUGUUGCCAUGGUUCAAUUUUACAUCACUGUUUGUGAAGAUGAGCUAAUCACAAGUUGAAAUAAUAAGGGAUAUUGCCACAGAAUUUUUUUUUCUUGUUUUAAUGAAAAUGAAAUUACUUUACUAUAUUUUUGUUAGUUUUAUUUAAAAGCCAAGACCAGUUUAUUUUUUAUUUUCUAUUUUUAGUAAUUAACAAUACUUCUCGUGUCUGGGAAGUACAUGAAUCUUAUAGUUGCAGUAUGUCUGAAUGAAACUGAAUUGAGGCAUUGUUCCUUUUCCACGUGAAGAUAAUGCAUUUUAAUGUCAGAGAAAAACCUUGUCGCUUUAACAAGCUACAGUAUAUAUUUUCAUUUUCAUUGUACAUACCUUUAGAUGUCAGAAUUUGAGUAAACAAGCUACCACAAGUAGACUGAUAGAUUCUUUUGGAAGAGGAAAAAUGCCUCAUGAUGACAAAGACAUGUUAUUUAUCCUUUUGAAUGCCUUUUCAUUUUCUCUUUUUGGUGCAAUGUGUUAAUGCCAAGGCUAUGUCUUGGUUAAGUAUGGUUGAGUACAGAGAUUUAUGUAAGUUAUUUUUCAAAUUAAAAAUAAAAAAAAUGAUAUUACACUGA